ACAUCGAUCCGCAACCCAGCAGACAUUUCUGUCAUCUCCUUCUACUUCCUUGUGGUCAUCGGAGUCGGGCUGUGGUCCAUGUACCGGACCAACCGGGGUACUGUCGGGGGAUAUUUCUUGGCUGGUAGGAACAUGGUGUGGUGGCCGAUUGGUGCUUCUCUGUUUGCCAGCAACAUUGGCAGUGGGCACUUUGUGGGUUUGGCAGGCACCGGAGCAGCGAAUGGCCUCGCUGUGGCAGGAUUCGAGUGGAAUGCAAUGUUUAUUGUACUUCUCCUUGGAUGGCUCUUUGUCCCAGUUUACCUCACGGCUGGGGUCAUCACAAUGCCACAGUACCUGAAAAAACGCUUUGGAGGCCAGCGAAUCCGCCUCUACCUUUCCAUUCUUUCCCUUUUAAUGUAUAUCUUUACCAAAAUCUCGGUGGACAUGUUCUCUGGGGCCGUGUUCAUUCAGCAGGCCCUGGGUUGGAACAUUUAUGUGGCUGUCAUCGCUCUCCUGAUCAUCACCACCAUUUACACAGUAACAGGUGGGUUGGCAGCACUGAUGUAUACAGACACAGUCCAGACUUUUGUCAUGGUUGGUGGAGCCUUUAUUCUCAUGGGUUUCGCUUUUAACGAAGUGGGCGGCUACCAGGGGCUGUUUGAUAAAUACAUGAAUGCCCUUCCCAGCCAGAUGCAAUCCCCCACGCCCUCCCUCUACAACAUCUCAGCCUUCUGCUAUAUGCCCCGCAAAGACUCUUUCCACAUGAUCAGAGACGCCGUCAGCAGUGACCUGCCCUGGCCAGCUGUCAUCCUUGGUCUUUCCAUAAAUUCCCUGUGGUACUGGUGCAGCGAUCAGGUUAUUGUGCAGAGAUGCCUGGCUGGGAAGAACCUCACCCACGUCAAAGCUGGCUGCAUCCUUUGUGGCUAUCUCAAAUUACUGCCCAUGUUUCUUAUGGUUAUGCCAGGCAUGAUCAGCCGGAUCCUGUAUCCAGAUGAAAUUGCCUGUGUCGUCCCAGAAGAAUGCAAACGGAUCUGUGGCACAGAAGUUGGGUGUUCUAACAUUGCCUACCCUAAACUGGUGGUGUCCCUCAUGCCAAGUGGCCUCCGAGGACUCAUGUUGGCUGUGAUGCUGGCUGCUUUGAUGAGUUCGCUGGCUUCCAUCUUCAACAGCAGUGGCACCCUGUUCACCAUGGACAUCUAUAACCGUAUGAGGCCACAAGCCAGUGACAAGGAGUUGUUGAUAGUGGGCAGGGUGUGGAUCCUGCUGCUUGUGGGGGUCAGUAUUGCGUGGAUCCCACUGGUGCAAGCUGCCCAGGGCGGACAACUUUUCGACUAUAUCCAGUCCGUCAGCAGUUACUUGGCCCCACCCAUUGCUGCCAUCUUUCUCCUUGGAGUCUUUGUCAAAAGGGUGAAUGAACAGGGUGCGUUCUGGGGUCUGGUAGGAGGACUAGCCAUGGGCAUGGCCCGGAUGAUCCCGGAAUUCAUAUACGGGACAGGGAGCUGCCUCUUCCCCGGGGCCUGCCCUCGUCUGAUCUGCAGUGUCCACUAUCUCUAUUUUGCUAUCGUCCUCUUCUUUGCCACAGCUGCCAUCGUGAUCGGUGUCUCCCUCUGCACCUCACCUAUCCCAGAUAAACACCUGCAUCGCCUGGUGUUCAGCCUCAGACACAGUAAGGAGGAGCGGAUAGAUCUGGACACGGAGGAAGAGGAGGAGGCUAAGAAGAGGGAGGCAGCACGGCAGCGGCGCCUAGAACAGGCCGAGAUGGCAGCAGCCAAGAAUGGGAAACUGGACCGGCUGCGUCAAUGUGUCGGCUGGUUUUGCGGGAUGGGAGCAGGCAGUCAAGAGCAGGCAGAGCCAAGCUUGGAGGAGAAAGCGGAGGACAUGCGGCGCACGACAGACAUCACAGAGCACCCGACUUGGAAAGCUGCUGUCAACGUCAAUGCUGUCAUCAUGAUGGCCCUUUCCAUGUUCUUGUGGGGCUACUAUGCCUGA